AUGUGUUCGCUCGAUAAAUCCAAUGCAGGAAAUGCGAAGCUAUUCGGUCUUUUGGAGAACAUUGGUAUAAAUGGUACUCAAUUCAACCUUGCUCUUAUGUACUUUUUCUUCACCUACGGACUGAUCGUUCUAUAUGCAUGGUUCUACAUCGCUUGGGCCACUGGAAACAUCAUAGGACCCCAAACCUUCCGUGCUGAUCAAGCCCCUGAAUACACCGGUGGAACUGUGGCAAUGAUUGUUUGCUAUAUUAUUGCAAUGUUCGCUAUUACAUCUUAUGGGAUAAUCUGUCAUUCCGACAACAAGAAGCGCGCAGAGGCGAUUGAGAGUCGGAUGGCUGCUGAUCAAGACUGGUUGGAUCUGACGGAUAGGGAGAAUAAGGGAUUCAAGUACACGACAUAA